GCGUACUGUAUGGGGUCAAUGACUUGUUGGGUGUAACGACAUACACACAGAGAGAGUGAGGGAUGUCCCACGAUGAUUGGACAGAAUGGACGGAUGACCUGAUUGGGCGGAAUGGACGAUUGGCGCGUGUAGGAGUCAUUUCUCUCCAAUCAUUCCAUCUCCUUGGCACUCGUCAUUGGCGCCGUCUAUCGUGUCAGAGGCCUCAUUGGCCUACAGCUCUUCGGCCUCAAACACGGUCACCAUUAUUUUUGUCGCGUUUCAUCCUUUCCUAUCCUCUUACUAUGGUCAUGGGCGCAAACACGGAACAUAGCCGUCCAUCGACUGCCUAGGACUUCGUCUUGUGGUCGACAUAGACCGCGUGCAAUCUCCUUCUGUCUAAGUCUUGGUGGAAUGCGGGGCUUCGUACCCAGUAGACGCGCGAGUUGGAACCGCCAUCGACACUCGGACAUUUCAU